AUGGCUAUAACAACCAAAUCUCAGCAGUCUCAGACGACGACUAUAGUCAGCCCACCAGCGCAGUCUCCGUCUCCUUCUCCUUCUCCUUCGCCAACUAAGGUAUUUAGUCUGGCAAUAUUUUUCCUCAACAUUUUCCAAACUCCACCAACUCCAACGGAAAUGCCCCCUUCACCAUCACCACCAAUGGUGCUUGAAACUCCAACACCGCAAUCUCCGACGUUGGAUACAAUUCAACCACCACCAUUACCAUUAGAGGUGGCUCGUCCACUUUCGGAACCUACAACCAAUCCCAAUCCUACACCAAAACCCCCUGCAGUACCAUCACCAAAUAAUGAUGAUCCACCUCCACUUGAGGUAGCUCGUCCACUUCCAGAACCUACAACAAAUCUCAAUCCUACACCAAAAGCCCCUACAGUACCAUCACCAGAGAAUGAAGUUCCACCUCCAUUUGAGGUGACGCGUUCACCACCUACUCCUACACCGAAUUUCAAUGCUACACCAAAACCCCCUAAUAAUACAGCAUCACCACAGAAUGAUGUUCCACCUCCAGAAUUAAUUAGUCGUCCCCCACCUGAUCUUUUAUUGGCUCCCAUGAUCUUUAUGUCCCCUGCACCUUCAACUCCGACAGAAGUGGAUACCACACCACCACCAACAGAGUAG